AUGAGUGGCAGCCAGGACGACCUCAAGCGACUGUUCGAGCAGUGCUCCCGGGCGCCGCCGAAGAAGGCUGUGGACGCUGAUCACUUGGCAGCUUUUGCAGCCUUUGACGAUCUCCUCAAACCCCCCGAGGAGGUGGAGCCAGCAGUGCGGCCACCUGAAGGACACAGCAGAGGUCCAGGAGGAGGUUUUGCAGGAGACCUUCUUAGUGACGCUCCAUCGACCUCGGUGGCGAGGAUUCCCGCUCAAGCACAGCCGGAGACCACCGAGGCUGCAGCGCAAUCAAACGGUCAGAUCGGUUCUGGUCCGGCCAUGUUCUUCAUAGGAGACGACCCACAAGAAGAAGCACCAGACUUCGCGGCUUUGGCUGCCGCUGGUGGUGGUGGUGGUGGCGGGGCCGAGCCCCGGCUAACUCCACGGAGGGUCGAACAGCUCAUGUCCAACGGCACGGGCAGCAACUUGACUCCGCAGCAGCUGGAAAGACUGUCGCCACAGGAGCUUCUACAGCUUCAAGCGAUGAUCUCCAGCGCGUUGCAGGCAAGAGCCCCGCCUCAGCCCGUAUCUUCCAUGCGGGGCCCCGCACCCGCCCCUUGGCAAGCAACGGCUUACAGGCCUGCAGAUCGCAUUGCAUCCUUCGAUCUAGCGCAGAAAGAUCCUGAGCAACAAGCUCCGUUCGGCGAGCUUCUGGACAUGUUCCAGAAGAAGAACACUUUGGGUCCAAGCUGA